ACUCUACAGCGGUGGGUAAUUCACUGGUCCAUAAGCGCUCUCCUUUACGUCGAAGCCAUAAGACCUCAGCAUCUCUGACCAAGCUGUCGUUACGUGAUGGACAGAAACCCAAAAAGCCACUGUGUAAAUUUGAAGAAGGUCAGGAUGUCCUAGCUAGAUGGUCAGAUGGCUUGUUUUAUCUUGGAACUAUCAAAAAGAUAAACAAACUGAAACAGAACUGCUUCAUUAUAUUUGAAGACAGUUCCAAAUCCUGGGUUCUCUGGAAGGACAUACAAACAGGAGCCACUGAAAGUGGGGAAAUGGUCUGUACAAUAUGUCAGGAAGAGUAUUCAGAAGCACCGAAUGAAAUGGUUAUAUGUGAUAAAUGUGGGCAAGGUUAUCAUCAGCUGUGUCACACACCAAAUAUUGAUUCCAGUGUGAUUGAUUCAGAUGAUAAAUGGCUCUGUCGACAGUGCGUUUUUGCAACAACAACCAAGAGGGGUGGUGCACUUAAGAAGGGACCAAAUGCUAAAGCACUGCAAGUCAUGAAACAAACCUUACCAUACAAUGCAACAGACCUGGAGUGGGAUGCAGGUCAUAAAACCAAUGUCCAGCAGUGUUACUGCUACUGUGGAGGACCUGGAGACUGGUAUCUAAAGAUGUUGCAGUGCUGCAAAUGUAAGCAGUGGUUUCAUGAGGCUUGUGUGCAGUGCCUCCAGAAGCCAAUGCUUUUUGGUGACAGGUUUUAUACGUUCAUUUGCUCAGUUUGCAGUUCUGGACCAGAAUACCUCAAACGUUUACCCUUGAGAUGGGUAGAUAUAGCACAUCUAUGCCUUUACAACCUAAGUGUUAUUCAUAAAAAGAAAUACUUUGAUUCAGAGCUUGAACUCAUGGCAUACAUUAAUGAAAACUGGGAUAGAUUGCAUCCUGGUGAGCUGGCAGAUACACCAAAAUCUGAAAGAUAUGAGCAUGUACUGGAGGCAUUAAAUGAUUACAAGACCAUGUUUAUGUCUGGAAAAGAAAUAAAGAAAAAGAAACACUUGUUUGGCUUGAGAAUUCGCGUUCCUCCUGUGCCGCCAAACGCAGCUUUGAAGGCUGAGAAGGAACCAGAAGGAACUUCCCAUGAGUUCAAAAUUAAAGGGAGAAAAUCGUCUAAACCAAUUCCUGAUGUGAGGGAAUUAAGUAAUGGUAUAGAAAGAAAGGGGAAAAAAAAAUCAGUAGGUCGUCCACCUGGUCCCUACACAAGAAAAAUGAUUCACAAAACUCCAGAGUCUUCUCCUCUGGAUAAUGAACCAGUUCCAGUGAUAGAGAACCCACCCUUGGAAUUACCCUGCACUGUUGGGAAAUCUGAUGGAACUGCACAUUCAUCCAAUACCUCAGAUGUGGAAUCCACAGGUGCUGCCAGUAUGAAAGAAACUACCUCAUCUAGCAUUUCCAGACAUUAUAGUUUAUCUGACUCGAGAAAAAGGACUCGUACAGGAAGAACUUGGCCUGCUGCAAUACCACAUUUGAGGAGAAGAGGUCGCUUUCCACGAAAAGCACUCCAGACUCAAAAUUCAGAAAUUGUAAAAGAUGGUGAGAGCAAGGAAGACUACCAGUAUGACGAACUCAAUACGGAGAUACUUAACAACUUAGCAGAUCAGGAAUUACAGCUCAAUCAUCUAAAGAACUCGAUUACUAGUUAUUUUGGUGCGGCAGGUAGAAUAGCUUGUGGGGAGAAAUACCGUGUGUUGGCUCGUCGGGUGACACUUGAUGGAAAGGUGCAGUAUCUUGUGGAGUGGGAAGGAGCAACUGCAUCCUGACUGUAGGACUGAACAUUAUGUUCACUGCACUGUCAUCUGUAAGUAAGUACAGCUCAUAAUGCGGAGCCAUGAGAGAAACGUGUCUUUAAAUGUCUCUAAAAAAACAAAACAAAACCAGUUUAGCCUUAACGUGUAACUGUUCUCAUUACAGCUCUUGUGAUAAAGACUUAUCUUUUUAAAAUCUGAUCUGAAACGUAAAUUUUUUUAAUCUGAACAUUGUUAGAUUGUUUUAGGUUGGGAUAUUUUGGGUUACAAUUGCUUAAAAAAUGUGCAUGGUGUUU